CGUUCGCAGCUGUCAGCACAAUCAGUUUAUGAUGAAUCACAGGAAUUAAAACAAAACUACGAAAGUCUCGCAUCAUUUUCCUAUCAGCUGGUUGUGUGCAAACAAAAAAAACAAAAAAAUUCUCAUUAGGAAAGAGACAAAUUGGUUUAUUUGGAAAAUUUGAGCAGGCACAAACGAAGUUGAAACCUGCGCUCUAGAAGCGGCGGAAAAAUUGCGGUGACUUUCGCAGUCGUGCACAAUAAAGCAACAACGAUGACAACAAAACUACUAAGUAGUGGCAGUGGCAGCGGCAGCGGCAGCAGCAAAAACAAUUUCCACCAGACUUUUGGCUGGACGAUUUCCACGGACGAACUAGUGAUUUCUCCUGUCGUCUUUUAAAUCAGACGAAGUUUUCUCGCCUGCCCGUCCACUCUGUUACACGCAAACGUUUUAAGUAAAAAAUUAAUAUUUUCUUCAUUGAAGUGCUCUUAUUGUUUUGUUAGAAAACUAUAUUGUAUAAACGCGAAAAGUUGAAAAAUAAAGUGAAAUAAACGGUGCUUACAAUCAAACGAGAUAAGGAGAACGCACAGUGUGUUGAGGAUGUUAUACAUAAACUAAAAAAAGCAAACAAAAAAAAUACUAUUUUGAAAGUGUUUGCACGAAAAAAACUUGAGACCGUAGUGCUGUGUGUUGAUUUGGUUUUAUUCAAGCUCUACUUGUGAAUCAUCACUUCGGUGUCGACUUUCCACGCAGCUUGUGGAAAACCUUUUGAUUAGCCGCUUUUUCGGUGCAGUUUUCGGAGCUCCUAGUGCUUAGUUAAGGCCUUUGGGCCUCCCUCACCGCCAAAAUGUCGUCCGUUAAGGUGGCGGUUCGAGUGCGACCCUUCAAUUCGCGUGAAAUCGGUCGAGAAUCAAAAUGUAUUAUCGAAAUGAGCGGUGCAACCACCGCCAUCACAAAUCCAAAAGUACCACCAAACAGCAGCGAAGCCAUCAAGCGCUUCAACUUCGAUUACUCCUAUUGGUCACACAAUCCUCGAGAUCCCGAAUUCUCCACACAAGAGAUGGUCUACAAGGACAUUGGCGAGGAGAUGCUGCAACACUCCUUCGACGGUUACAAUGUUUGCAUAUUCGCCUACGGUCAAACCGGCGCUGGGAAAUCUUACACAAUGAUGGGCAAACAAGAGGAACAUCAAGAGGGUAUCAUACCGAUGAUUUGUAAGGAUCUCUUCAAUCGUAUACACGACACGGAAACAAGUGAACUCAAGUAUUCGGUUGAGGUUUCAUAUAUGGAAAUCUAUUGCGAACGUGUACGCGAUUUAUUAAAUCCAAAGAACAAAGGCAACUUACGCGUACGUGAGCAUCCAUUGCUCGGCCCAUACGUAGAGGACCUGUCCAAGUUGGCGGUGACUGACUACCAGGACAUACACGAUCUCAUCGAUGAAGGCAACAAAGCGCGCACUGUCGCCGCUACCAACAUGAACGAGACCAGUUCUCGCUCGCAUGCUGUCUUCACCAUUUUCUUCACCCAACGUCGUCACGACAAUAUGACCGAUCUCACCACCGAGAAGGUUUCCAAAAUCAGUUUGGUCGAUUUGGCUGGUUCGGAGCGCGCUGAUUCGACUGGCGCCAAAGGCACCAGACUAAAGGAGGGCGCCAAUAUCAACAAAUCGUUGACUACGCUGGGCAAAGUCAUCUCGGCCUUGGCUGAAAUUGCGUCUAAGAACAAAAAAUCGAAGAAAGCUGAUUUCAUACCAUACCGCGAUUCGGUGUUAACCUGGCUUUUGCGCGAAAAUUUGGGUGGCAACUCUAAAACGGCUAUGAUUGCUGCUAUCUCACCGGCUGAUAUUAACUACGAUGAGACACUAAGUACAUUGCGUUACGCCGAUCGCGCCAAACAGAUCGUUUGCAAGGCCAUCGUCAACGAGGAUGCCAAUGCCAAACUCAUACGCGAACUCAAGGAAGAGAUACAGAAGUUGCGCGACCUCUUGAAGGCCGAGGGUAUUGAGGUGCAAGAAGAAGAUGAAAUGACUAAAUCGGGCAGUGGUCCGUUGAAAUCACCAACAAAGGCACGCAAUCGUAAUGGUUCGACCACUGAAAUGGCAGUGGAUCAGCUGCAGGCCAGCGAGAAAUUAAUUGCAGAACUCAACGAGACUUGGGAGGAGAAGCUCAAGCGCACCGAAGAGAUUCGUCUGCAACGCGAGGCGAUCUUUGCUGAAAUGGGUGUAGCCGUGAAGGAGGAUGGCGACACCGUCGGCGUAUUCUCACCAAAGAAAACUCCACAUUUAGUCAAUCUGAAUGAAGAUCCGAAUUUGUCGGAAUGCCUGCUGUACUACAUCAAAGAUGGCAUUACACGUUUGGGCACACACGAAGCCAAUGUGCCACAGGAUAUACAAUUAUCGGGUUCACAUAUUUUGAAAGAACAUUGCACUUUCGAGAAUCGUAAUAGUACCGUUACACUCAUACCACACAAAGAUGCUUUGGUAUAUUUGAAUGGACGCAAGCUGGUCGAACCAGAGGUCUUGAAGACCGGUUCGCGUGUUAUACUUGGCAAAAAUCAUGUAUUUCGUUUUACCAAUCCCGAACAAGCGCGUGAGUUGCGCGAAAAGAUCACUGAGAAUGCGGAGAAUGAGAAUGAGACAGAGAAGUGCGAUACACAGCAGGUGGAUUGGAAUUUUGCGCAAUGCGAAUUAUUGGAAAAGCAGGGUAUCGAUUUGAAGGCGGAAAUGCAGAAGCGUUUGGAUAAUUUAGAGGAGCAGUACAAGCGCGAGAAAAUGCAGGCCGAUCAACAAUUCGAAGAGCAGCGUAAGAACUAUGAAGCUCGCAUUGAUGCGUUGCAGAAGCAAGUUGAAGAGCAAUCGAUGACUAUGUCAAUGUACAGCAGUUAUUCACCAGAGGAUUUCCACCAGGAGGAGGAUUUAUAUACCAAUCCUCUCUACGAAUCAUGCUGGACUGCACGAGAGGCCGGUUUAGCUGCCUGGGCAUUCCGCAAAUGGCGUUACCACCAAUUCACUUCGCUGCGCGAUGAUCUCUGGGGUAAUGCCAUAUUCUUGAAGGAGGCUAAUGCCAUAUCGGUGGAGUUGAAAAAGAAGGUACAAUUUCAAUUCACACUGCUCACCGACACCCUCUACUCACCGCUACCACCUGAACUGGCUUCAGCUGCUUCGCCAUUGCAAAACGAGGAUGAAUUUGGCGCGCCACCAGUUUCGAAAACUAUUGUGGCUGUGGAGGUGACCGACACCAAAAAUGGUGCCACACACUAUUGGUCGUUGGAGAAAUUGCGCUAUCGCUUGGAGUUGAUGCGCCAAAUUUACAAUGUCGAGAGUCCGCCAUCAUCUAUGCUCUACGAUACAACCUCACUAUGCGGCGAUAGCGCACUGAUUCCCACAGAGGCUCUACACUACGAUGGCAUUAUACCAUAUACAACCACUACAAGAGAUGGUAUUGGCGGUUCACCAUCCCGUCUGUCAUUGGCUAAUCUAAUGCCGUCUAGACAACGCUUGGAACUGAUGCGCGAAAUGUAUCACAACGAGGCCGAACUCAGCCCCACUUCGCCAGAUUACAAUGUGGAGAGCCUCACUGGCGGUGAUCCUUUCUACGAUCGUUUUCCCUGGUUCCGCAUGGUCGGACGCUCUUUCAUCUAUCUGAGCAAUUUACUAUAUCCGGUGCCACUGGUUCAUAAGGUGGCCAUUGUCAAUGAACGUGGCGAUGUACGCGGUUAUUUGCGUGUUGCCGUGCAGCCGGUAUUGGACGAAGAGUCUAUUGACUUCAAUAAUGGCGUCAAACAAUCGGCUCGCUUGAUUUUCAACAAGGAUGAUGCCAAGCCGAAGUAUCGCGCUCUCAACGAGAAGGAUGAUGUGCAGCGUUACAUCGAUAAUGGUGGUUUGGAUACCAAGCUUGAGGAACUCGAAGAUGCUGACUCUGGCCGUGGCAUUGAUUCGAACUCCGCCUCUGAGUGUCAGGAGGCUAAUGAAGAGCCUGGCGAACAUCUUGAAGUUGGCAAGGAAUUCACUUUCCGCGUUACCGUACUACAGGCUACGGGCAUUGGCGCCGAAUAUGCUGACAUUUUCUGUCAGUUCAAUUUCUUACAUCGUCAUGAGGAGGCUUUCUCCACCGAACCCGUAAAGAAUUCGGCAUCUGGCGCACCCCUCGGCUUCUAUCAUGUCCAAAACAUUACCGUGCCCGUUACCAAGUCCUUCAUUGAGUAUUUGAAGACCCAACCCAUCAUGUUUAAAAUCUUUGGACAUUACCAAACUCAUCCAUUGCAUAAGGAUGCUAAGCAGGAAUUCGUUUCACGUCCACCACCACGUCGCAUGCUUCCACCAAGCAUUCCUAUUAGCCAACCGGUACGUAGUCCCAAAUUUGGUCCACUACCAUGCCCAUCAACGUCGACAGUGCUGGCAAAGCAUGACGUCUUGGUUUGGUUCGAAAUAUGCGAGCUAGCCCCGAAUGGCGAGUAUGUGCCAUCGGUGGUAGAACACAGCGACGAUCUUCCAUGCCGCGGUUUAUUCCUGCUACAUCAAGGCAUACAGCGUCGCAUACGCAUUACCAUCGUACACGAGCCCACUGCCGAAGUGAAAUGGCGCGAUAUACGCGAACUGGUGGUCGGUCGUAUACGCAACACACCGGAAUCUUCUGAUGAUCUGGAUGAAGAUUCGUGUGUACUGUCGUUGGGCUUGUUCCCCGGUGAGACUUUGGAGGUACCCGGCGAUGAUCGUUCGUUCUAUCGUUUCGAAGCUGCUUGGGAUUCGAGCUUACACAAUUCCACUUUGCUGAAUCGCGUGACCCAGGCUGGCGAAACAAUUUACAUUACUUUGAGUGCUUAUUUGGAGCUCGAGAAUUGUGCACGCCCAGCCAUCAUUACUAAAGACCUUAGCAUGGUCAUUUACGGACGCGAUGCACGCACCGGACCACGUUCGUUAAAACAUCUCUUCUCCGGACAAUAUCGCAAUCCGGAAGCCAAUCGUUUGUCAGGCGUAUACGAGUUGUCAUUGCGUAGAGCCUCUGAAGCAGGUAGUCCAGGUGUACAACGACGUCAGCGGCGCGUCUUAGAUACCAGCUCGACCUAUGUGCGCGGUGAGGAGAAUCUCUCUGGUUGGCGUCCACGCGGCGAUUCGCUCAUUUUCGAUCACCAAUGGGAGCUGGAGAAGUUGACACGCCUCGAGGAGGUGGGACGUGUGCGUCAUUUGUUGUUGUUGCGCGAACGCCUUGGCAUGGACACCAAUCCAAAUCCUACCACCAAAACGGAAAAAGACGUGUGCAAUUUGGCAGCGCGUGCCGCCACCUCACCAGUACAUAUGGUCAUACCACCAUCCCCACAGACGCCCGUCAAUGAUUCACAACAGAUUGUGCCCGAGCGGGAAUACAAUCAACGCGAGCAGGAGUUGAUGCUGAAAUGCUUGAAGUUGGUGCAGGGCACCUACAAUAAAGCAACAGAACCACCAGUAGAGUCAACCACCCAGUCGGAUGCGUCGCCAAGCGAUGAGGGCUGUGCUGACAUGACCGUUAGCUGCAUCUCCAGCAGUUCCAUAGAAACAACACCAAAAAUUAGACGAAGAUUAUGUUCGCCCGAUCGCGCAGAUGCGCCCAAUGGCUGGGAGGCACCGGCACCCGCUACACAACCAGCCCUACCACUUCGUCUAUACGUACCAGAGUUGGAGGAGAUUAGGGUGAGCGCUGUGGUGGCGCGCAAGGGAUUGCUCAAUGUGUUGGAGCAUGGCGGUUCGGGAUGGAAAAAACGUUGGGUGAUUGUGCGUCGCCCUUACGUUUUCAUCUACAAGUCCGAGAAGGAUCCAGUGGAGCGUGCAGUAUUGAAUUUAGCGACAGCUCAGGUCGAGUGCAGCGAAGAUCAGGCAGCUAUGGUGAAGAUACCCAAUACGUUUAGUGUCGUCACUAAGCAUCGUGGAUAUCUGCUGCAAACAUUGGGCGAUAAAGAGGUACACGAUUGGUUGUACGCCAUCAAUCCGCUACUGGCUGGGCGAAUAAAGUCAAGACUGGCACGUCGCAUAUUGGAGUCGGCAUCGCAAACCGCAUCACAAAUCCAAGCCACAACGGCGUCAAAUGCACAGACAAACAAUAAAUGAGAUACAAUUACGAUGGAAUCCGUAUUAGUGUAUUAAUAAGGGUAGAGUGUUUCUGAACAGUAUAUGCAAAAAUUACCACAACCACAAGAAUUAUUAUAUAGAUAUACACAUUAAGAAGAAAUGAAACGCUUACACACACAUAUACAAAGCGAUCCAAGUAUGUAUUUAUAUAUAUACGUAUGUAUAUGGAUGGAAGUUACAACACCAUAUAUGUAUGUAGUUAUGUAUGUAUUAAAAUUAUGCAAGAGCGGCGCAGAGUAAGAAAAUCGAAGAGAAAGUAGAGAGAGAGAGAGACAACGGUGAAUUUGCAGAAAAUGAGAAGGCAAAAUUUAAAGGUGAAAAAAAAAAACAAAACAACAAAGUACACACACACCACUAUACAAUAAAUUAGGCAAAUAAGUGUGAACAGGUGGCCGACGAGUGCAACAAGUUGAGCUUAGUAACGCAGGUAGGGGUAAAUCCAAAAAGAAAACAAUAAAAUAACUGAAAAUUGACGGCGAAUGCGAAAAGUAGAGAAUAUUGAAAGUUCUAGCAUCAGAAACUUUUAGUCCAAGUAGCAGCAUCGAGCGAAGAAGUUGAGAAUUAUUUACUUAUAUUUUUUUCUUUGUUCGAUUGUGAUGGACUCUGGAACGUUGGCAAAUGCGGCAAGUGUGCUCUAUAUAACAAAUGUAGGCAUUGUAUAUGUAAAAUUGGAAAUUUUUUUUGUAGUGAAUUUUCUCAUUUUCUUGAAAAAGCGUAAAAAGUAAGCACAUAUUAAAAAAAAAUAUAUAUUAAAGAAAUAAUUUAAAAAAAGGAUUAAAAAAAGAAAUUAUUAAAAAAAUUAUUAAAAAAUAUUUACUCAUCUACUCUAAUUGUAUGCAAAAAGGAAACCAAAAAGAAGAAAGCAAAAAUUGCAAAACACUUAAAUACGCUUCACUGUUAUCAGAAAAAAUCAAUCUAUUUAAAUGGGUAAAUAGAAAAAGCCUAUCAUUAAAAUUUAUGCUAGCAGAUAUUUAUUUAUAUAUACAUACAUAUAUAUAAAUGUACUAUAUAUUUUUUUUAAGGAGCCAAUCAAAUAUUUAUUUUUAGCGAUUUUUUCAGUGGCAAACGUUUUUGUUUCUUUUAUUUAAUUUUCAUAAAUAUUUUAAAAUAUUAAUAUGUAACUUUUUGUAAAUAGUUUAAUUUAAGCAAACAGCAAACUUAUAGCGAGAAAAAACAAAGCAUAGAAUUUUAUAAAUGCAAGUAUGAUAUUAAUUUUUUUCUUAAUUUUUAAAAAGUAUUAUUAAAAACAUAAUUAAUGAAAUUAAUUUAAAAUUUUAUUUUUACAGCUUUUAAUGUGUAAAUGUAGAAGAGCAACAAAAAGUAUUGUAAAGAGCAAAAUAAAUGCACAGCAGAAAUAUUUAUGUAUGUAGUUGAAAUUGCGCUAGGUUAAUUGGCAAGCAGUGUGGCGGAGAAAGCAAGCAACAGCACACUAAUGUAUGUAUGUAAUGUAGGCAAUUCGUUUAUUUUAUUAUAAUUUUUUAAUUAAUAGGUAUACAUUUUUUUUUCAAUAAUUUUGAAUUUCUAUAUAAACGCAAGAAUAUUACAAAACAAAAAAUUAAAAUUAUUGAAUGUAUGUAUAACAAAAACCCUUUCGAUGUAUUUAGCAGCAAACUAAUGAAAAAAGUAUGUAUGUAAUUUUAGUGGCGUUUUAGGCAAAGAAACUUAAGGCAUAUAAAUGCACUAAUAUGGAUUCCACAAAAAUUAUGGAAAAAGUUGAAAAAAUGCAUAAUUUAAAGCGAAUAAAUUAUGAAAUAAAAAAUAUUAUCU